UCGAAAGCGUAAUACAUUAAAAGUAUCAGUAGAAACAAAAAUGGCAGCCGCUGACGAACAACUAGAAGAAGAUGCGGCAGAAUUGAAAUUUCCAAAAGAGUUUGAAAGUGCGGAGACUCUUCUCAUAUCAGAAGUGCAGAUGUUGUUGGAACACAGGAAGCAGCAGAACGAGAGUGCAGAGGAGGAGCAGGAACUGUCGGAAGUGUUCAUGAAAACUCUCAACUACUGCUCUCGGUUCAGCAAGUUCAAAAACAGAGAAACCAUCGCCGCUGUCAGGAGUUCACUGAUGCAGAAGAAACUUCACAAGUUUGAGCUUGCUGCACUGGCUAACCUUUGUCCAGAAACAGCUGAGGAAGCGAAAUCUCUUAUUCCCAGUCUGGAAGGGAGAUUUGAAGAUGAAGAACUGCAGGAAAUACUGGAUGACAUUAAGACAAAGAGAAGCUUCCAGUACUGAAACAUGCACGUUGUGAUGCCACAUUCAUGUGUUCUGUUUCACACAACGGGUGUUACAGACAGAACUAUACACUUUAGACCACAUGAAGAUAUCAUAUCAACAGGACUGGUCACUGGACAACUACCGGUCCCUGUACAAAUUGUUAACGGUAUACAUCAGUGGAAAACUGUCAUCAACAUUACUGAUUACAGUACAAUUUGUCAACACUACUGGUCACUGGACAAUUUGUCAACAUUACUGAUUACUGUACGUACAGUUUGUCAACAUUAUUGAUUACUGUACAGUUUUGUCAACAUUACUGAUUACUGUACAGUUUGUCAACAUUACUGAUUAUUGUACAGUUUGUCAACAUUACUGAUUACUGUACUAUUUGCAAUCAGAAUUAAUGAUCACUGUACAGUUUGUCAACUAUUUUCAUUUGACUUUUCAUCAACAUUAAUUAUCACUGUACAAUUUGUCACUGACAGUACUGAUCCCUGUACAACUUGUCAUCAAUAUUACUGUUAAUCAUUAAGCCUUGUACAUAUCUGUAAUGAUACAUUUUCUUAAAAAAUAA